CUCUCUCUCUCCUUAAACUCUCGCAUUUCUCCGUCUAUCACUCACUGUGUGUGGAUGAAAAUGAAGUCGAGGUCGAAGUCAAGGCUUGCGUGCGUCUUCUGCAUAACGCUUGGGUGCGCCGUGGUGCUCAUCCUGGUGUGCGCGCUGCUGCUCAUGCGGAGGCAUCGGUGUUGCGAGGAUGACUUCAUACAUGGCGCAGUGGCCGCAGACUCUCGUGCGUGCUCGGACAUAGGCAGGGAUAUUCUGUUAAAAGGUGGCUCGGCGGUAGACGCUGCUAUUUCUGCGCUGCUAUGUACAUCACUAGUUAAUCCUCAGAGCAUGGGAAUCGGAGGAGGCUCCAUCUUCACUAUCAUGGACAAAGACGGUGAUGUGACUGUGAUCAACUCAAGAGAAACGGUCCCUAAAAGCGUCCCAUCAGACCUGCUAGACAAAUGUCCCACUUCUAUAACAUUUGAUUCAGUUGGUAAAGAGUGGAUUGGUGUUCCAGGUGAGCUGCGUGGUUAUGCUGCUGCUCACUCCAAGUUUGGAAAACUGCCUUGGAAUCAACUGUUUGAACCCGUCAUCAAACUGGCCAAAGAAGGCUUUCCUGUUCCGCCAUACCUCGCUCUGCUUCUCAGACACAAAAAAAUCAUUAAACUGGUGGAGAACACAUCACUAUGUCAAUUAUUUUGCAAUGUGGAUAAAAAGGUUUUCCGUGAAGGAGACAUACUACGAUACUCAAAACUUGCUGAGACUCUGGAAAUAAUUGCAAACGAAGGGGUUGAUGCUUUUUAUACUGGCAAAAUCGCACAAGACUUAAUCGAAGAUGUGAAGAAAGCAGGUGGAUCAUUGUCAUUAGAGGAUCUAAAAUCUUUUAAGGAGACAUCCAGUAAAGCAAUUUCGGUUCCUUUGGGUGAUUUUACGAUGCACUUCCCUCCUCCCCCAUCAGGGGGCGCUCUACUGAGCUUCAUCCUCAGUGUCAUGCAGGGCUUUGUACUUUUUCCAUCGUCUGUGAAAGGAGAGGAGAGGAAACUGACCCUUCAUCGGUACAUAGAAACUCUAAAGUUUGCAAACGGACAGAGGAAGAGUAUCAGAGACCCGCGGUACAGCCAACACGGAGUAAACCACCUGAUGGAGUCAGACUUUGUCAAUCAAAUCAGGUCAAUGAUCAACAGUAGUGGUGAACACCCGCCAUCGUACUACAACGUCACUCCUUCCACUGAUGGAUUUGGUACAACGCACGUUUCUGUUCUAGCGAGUGACGGCUCAGCCGUUUCUGUCACCAGCACCAUCAAUCACUUUUUUGGAUCAGGUGUCUAUUCUCAAAAAACGGGGAUCAUACUGAACAACGAGCUGAUGGAUUUCUGUGGAAGAGCCCAUUCUGUCUCUGCAGGUGAACAGCCUCCUUCCUCCAUGUCACCUGUUAUUAUCCACUCAAAGCACCGAGAGAAGGUUCUGGUUAUCGGGGGAUCUGGAGGGAGUCAGAUUAUCACCGGCAUAGCUACAGCUAUAAUGAACAAGCUGUGGUUCGGGAUGAACCUGGAAGACGCCAUCAAAGACAAAGUGGUUUUUGUCAGCUCGAAUAAUUUAGUGCAUUUCGAGCCAGGCUUUGAUAAGUUGAUGACAGAUGCCAUGCAGACUUUCGGACAUGACAUACAAACAAAUUACACACCUUUAAACGUUGUGAACGGCAUCAUGAAAGAGCACGGCUGCAUCAGGGCUGUCUCAGACAGUAGGAAAAUUGGAAAAUCAUCAGGUUACUGAUCACACUGGAGAAGAUUCAACUCACAGCUUAACGUACAAUGCUUACACACCAUGUCUAUAUGAUACCGUGUGUUAUACUGUAAAUCUCUUCCUACUUCUUACACCAUAGAGUAGAACAUGUAAUUUCAUGUAAUGUAGCAGACUAAUACAGGGUUUAACUGAGUUUAGACUGCACUGUAAAACAAUACGCCAAGGAUAUUUUACUUGAUUCAGUUUCAUUUGAAUUGUGACUAUCUAUACUCAAGAGAGUGAGCCAAACUUUAGCCAACUAAAUAAUGUGACAUUAUCGACUAUUUUUCAAGUAGCAUUAUACGUUAUAUGAUGUUUAUUACUGUUUUCUACUCUGUUUUCUACUGUUUUCUACUGUUUUUUUUUUAAACUACAGAGGGUUUUUUUUUUUAUCAUGUUCAAUAUCAGCCUUAUUUUUUUGUUUAUAUUAGCCUUGCUGUUUUUAGUCGUUUUAGCCGUUUAUAGUCCUUUGGAGUACAUCAGUGUUUCCUUAAAAUAGCACUGAGAAUCACACAGGACCAUUAAAUGAAAUCUGAAAUAUCAGGAAAAACAUUUAGCAGUAGCAGGCAUUAAAAUGAUUACAAAUAUUAUGGGUUGUUUUAUGAUAUUUUUAAUGUGACAUUUGAUGUGUAGGUUAUCUUGUGUAGGUUAUCUUAUAUUGUCUUGGUUAUAUCUGGUAUCACUUACAUUUUGCAUGUGUGUAUUGUAGAACAAUCUACAAACAUGUUUGGGGUUUUUUCUAUCGUGUAAUAAAAUGAUUACUUUUUGAAA